AUGGUCGCUGAGCAAAACCUCAGAGGCUGUACACAGCGAUUCCUGCUUUGUUUUCUUCUGGGGACGCUGUGGGAGAUCAGUGCCUCCCAUAUCCGCUACUCGGUUCCCGAGGAGAUGGAAAAGGGCUCUUUUGUGGGCGACAUCGCAAAGGACUUGGGUAUGGAGCCGAGGGAAUUGUCGGAGAGAGGGGCUCGAAUUGUGUCCAGAGGUAAGAAGCAGCAUUUCGCUCUCAGUGUUAGAACUGGAAGUUUAGUCACGGCAGACAGAAUAGACAGAGAAGAAAUUUGUGCCCAGAGCUCCCCGUGCCUGCUGAAUUUUAAUGUUCUCGUUGAGGAUAAAAUGAAAAUACAUUCAGUGGAGGUAGAAAUAACUGACGUUAAUGAUAACACCCCUCGAUUUUUAGCAGAGGAGAUAGAACUAAAAAUCAGUGAAUUCACAGCACCGGGCACCCACUAUCUUCUGGAAAGUGCAUAUGACCAGGAUGUGGGAGUGAAUUCUCUCCAGGGCUAUGAACUGAGUCCCAGCCAUCACUUCUCUCUGAGAAUGCAAAGUAGAACUGGAGGAGUCAAGUACCCAGAACUGGUGUUGGAGAGGGCCCUGGACCGGGAAGAAGAGCCUGUUCACUACCUCAUGCUCACAGCAUGGGAUGGAGGAGACCCAGUCAGGACUGGUACUGCUAGAAUCAGAGUGAAUGUAUUGGAUGCCAAUGAUAACACCCCAGUGUUUACUCAGUCUGAGUAUACUGUGAAUAUUCCUGAGAAUAUACCCCAGGGGACAGUGCUCCUUACAGUGAAUGCCACUGAUGCAGAUGAAGGGAUCAAUUCUCAGAUAAGGUACUUUGAAGUGAAAAUACCAGGAAAGAUCUCCGAAAUAUUCCAAAUUAAUCCUUUGACUGGAGAGUUAUCAACUUUACAAAAUCUAGAUUAUGAAAAUGCAGAAUUUCAUGAAAUGGAAGUGGAAGCUCAAGAUGCUCUUGGUCUCAGGAGCAGAGCUAAAAUUCAUGUCACAGUUUUAGACGUGAAUGACAACGCUCCAGAAGUGACCAUCACCUCUGUCACCAACUCAAUCCCUGAAAAUGCUCCCCCUGGGACUGUAAUUGCUCUGUUCCACGUGCAUGAUCGAGACUCUGGUGAAAAUGGUCAAGUCCUGUGUUCCAUCCUAGGUGACCUGCCUUUUAAAUUAGAAAAGAAGGUAGAUAGCUACUAUUCUCUGGUGAUUGACAGGGCUCUGGACAGGGAGCAAGUCUCUGUAUAUAACAUCACCGUGAGAGCAGAAGACUUUGGGAAUCCAGCUCUAUCCACAGACACUCACAUCCUCUUGCAGGUGACAGACAUCAAUGACAACCCUCCCACUUUCAGUCAGUCAGCCUACUCUGCCUACAUCCAGGAGAACAACCCCAGAGGAGCUUCCAUCUACUCCUUGACUGCUCAUGACCCAGACAGUGAGCAGAAUGCUUUAGUCACCUACUCCAUCAUGGAGAGUAACCUCUCCUUGGAGGCAUCACCAGUGUCAUCCAUUGUCUCCAUCAACUCAGAGACUGGUGUCCUCUAUGCUCUGUGCUCCUUCGACUAUGAACAGUCUCGAGAAUUUCAGUUGAGAGUGACAGCCAGGGAUUCUGGGGACCCUCCUCUCAGCAGCAACGUGUCCCUGACUCUGUUCAUACUGGAUCAAAAUGAUAACACCCCAGAAAUCCUGUACCCCACCUUCCCCACAGACGGUUCCAGUGGAGUGGAGCUGGCUCCACGCUCUGCAGAGCCAGGCUACCUGGUGACCAAGGUGGUGGCAGUGGAUGCAGACUCUGGCCAGAAUGCCUGGCUGUCUUAUCACCUGCUCAAGGUCACAGAGCCCGGGCUUUUCUCCGUGGGCCUGCACUCAGGGGAGAUCAGCACUGUCCGUACAUUUCUGGACAAAGAUGCUCUGAAACAGACUCUCAUCGUGGCAGUAACAGAUAAUGGGGAGCCUCCCCUCUCUGCCACUGUCACUGUCACCGUGGCAGUGGCUGACAGCAUCCCCGAGAUCCUCUCAGAUCUCAGCAGCCAAAGCUCCCCUGAAACUCAGGACGACUCUCUCCUCACAUUUUACCUGGUCGUAGCAGUUGCUGUGGUGUCCUGCUUGUUCUUUGCCUUCAUUGUCCUUCUGCUGGCAAUCAGGCUAAGAAAGUGGUGGAUGCUGCAAGUUGUCCAGGCUCCAGGUGACCACGUGGGGGGAAUCACCUCCUCCCAGUUUUUGGGAAUAGAUGGAGUCAGAGCUUUCCUUCAGACUUAUUCCCAUGAAGUUACUCUCACCACGGAUUCUCGCAAGACUCAGUUGAUCUUUCCUCAGCCUAACUACGCAGACACCUUGAUAAGUCAAGAGAGCUGUGAGCCAAAGGAGUCUCCACUACCUACUCAGUCUUUACUUCAAGCAAAAGAUGAACAAGCAUUUUUCCAGGUUGACUUGGGAGAUUUUCAUGAGUGA